AAACUGAUCAAAGUUCAACUAUUAGCUUUUCAGGCUCCAGCUUGGUUCUGGUCGCUUUUAAUAGAUUCCCCUAAAUGUUGAAAGUCUAUUAAUACAUUUAUGGGUUAAAUAAACAUCAAUAUUUGCAUUGGGAAACUGUUAAUCCUGCUGUAACGCGGAGCAGAGUAUUUCCAGCUGACAUUGAGAACAAAACAGACGGUGAAAUGGAGGAGGACCAUAGAGGUGCCGAGUCUGAAAGCAACCGGGUCGAAGAACUCCGACUAGUCCUGAUUGGAAAGACGGGAUCUGGAAAAAGUGCUUCUGGAAACACCAUCCUGGGCCGGAGGCAGUUCCUGUCGCAGAUCAGCGCCAGCUCCGUCACCCAGAUCUGCGAGGUGGGCAUCGCAGAGGAAGAGGAGGCAGAGCAGGACGUUCAGAGGAGGAAUAGGAAGAUAUCGGUGGUUGAUAUGCCAGGGUUUGGUGACACUCACCUCAGUGUGGAGCAGAUCCAUGCAGAGAUUGCUAAGUGUGUGUCUCUCUCAGCUCCCGGUCCACACGCCUUCCUCCUUGUGGUUCCGGUCGGACGAUACACGGACUGUGAGAACCAGGCCGUGUGCCAGCUGACUGACAUAUUUGGUCUGGAUGCCGUCUCUAAUCACACUGUAGUUCUGUUUACCAGAGGGGACGAUCUGGACGGGAUGGGGAUAGAGGAGUACCUGAGAGAUACAGCACCUGCUGGACUUAAAGCUCUGAUUGAGAGGUGUGGCGGUCGAUACCAUGUUUUCAACAACAAAGACCAGAGCAACUCCUCUCAGGUUAGAGAGCUGGUGAUGAAGGUGGAUGAGAUGGUGAAACGAAACAAUGGAGGCUUCUAUACUAAUGCAGUGUUUUUAGAAGCAGAGGCGGCCAUCAGAGAGGAGCAGGACAGGAUGCUGAGGGAGAGAGGGCAAGCAGAGCAGGAGGAAAGAGAAACCAAGGAAGUGAACAGUAGGAAGCUUGCAAAACGUAGAAAGUGUGAUUUAGAGUCAGGUGGAGGGGAGGACAAGGAUUUCAGGGUGGAGGUAUGGGCGGAGGAAAGCGGGAGCAGUGGCUUCAGAAGCCUCAGAGAUCGGCUUAGAGAGAGGAAUCGGGGCGUCGGUGGGGUGGACAGGAGGAGGCAACCAUUCCGUUCAUCCCUGAGGAGGGAAGCUGCUCUCUCUGCUAAGGUCCUGGAUAGGGUGAAAAUCCUGGUGGCAGCCGGAGCGACGGGCAUGGCGGUGGGAGCCGUGUUUGGAGCCGCCGCGCCUCUGGCCGCUGCAGCCGGGGCCUCCCUCGUAGGGAACUCGGUGGGGUUUGCUGCAGGACAGUUAGCAGGGAUGUCUGUAGCAGGAGGCACAACAGUUGGUAAAGCUGUGGGAGCAAUAGUGGCUGCGGCCUCUGGAAAAACAGCCGUGGCUCUGGGGGCGGCGACGGGAGGGGUUCUGGGUGGCUCUAUGGGACUUGUUGCUGGCGCUGAAGCUGGCAGUUCUCAGGAGGGCGCUAUAGACGCCCUGAGGCAGGUAAGCAUAGUGGGUGCCUCUGCUGUGGGAGUGGCAGCAGGAGUGGGCUGUGCCAUGGGAGCAGGAGCUGCUUUGGGCGCAGCUGUGGACGGAGCAGCAGCCCUAAGUGGAGCAGAAAUGGCACCCUCUGCCACUCAGGGGAGUUUACCUGCAGCAGCGCAACACGCGCUGGUUUCUGCAGGAGCUCCUCCGGCCGCCGGAGCCUUGGUUACAAACGUCCCAGCUGGGGCCAUGUGUGAGGUAGCGGGGCCUGCUUCGGGUCACUGGGGGGCUGUGACAGCGACUACUCGACUCUUAAACGCGGUGGCUGAGAUCGGGAAAGCGGCAGCAGGCAUUGCUCUAGCAGGAGGGUUGGUAGUGAAGGUGGUGAAGGAGAAAGUGAGAUCAGGCAGCAGCACAGCAGAAAGCAGCUACUCAGAGAGGAAGUCAUAUGAAGUCUACUGGAACAAAUAAACUAGAACUUCUUCCAUAGUAAACUGCUUUUCAGGCCACUUCUUCUUAACCCAAUCUCAAAAAGGGACACAGCCGCUUGAUUUUAAUUUAAGAGGAAAAGCACUCCCAACAUAAUUUUAUAGCCUCACUGCAAUCACUAUUCAUUAUUUGUUUAGGGAGGUGACGUCACACCCUUGUGUAAAAGAUAAGCGGAACUGAUGUGAGACAAAGAUGAAAUAAUGACAAAGGUGACAUUUCAAACCAGAUUUAGCAUUUCUAUAAUAGCAGCUAGCGCCGAUAGCAUGAACAAGAACAUGGAUCCUUCAACUCUGAGAUUUCCAAAAUGCUGCCAUCAUUUCUAAAUAGUAUUUGAUUACAGGUGAACUUGAAAUGAGAUCAGACACAUUUCUCUUUACUUUAUAAAUCCUAGUUUUACCUGCUUAAUCUUCUUUUUGAUAACGUAAAUUAAUAGUCGAGACAUUUUGAUAUGUUAUGAUAAGUGCAUUUUUCAUUAUAGCCUUCUCUGAUGCUGUUUUAAAGACUUUGCUAAUACUGAAAAAGUUCAAACUGACAUUUCUUCCUUCAGCAACAACUUCCACACUGCAGAGUGUUGUCGUUACUGGAAACAAAACCUUUUGAGUAUUGUAGUUUCCCUACUUGGAAAAACUGACCCGCUGAGUGAUGCUGAAAGUGUAAUUUGACAGAAAAAAAAAUUAAAAUAUGAAUAUUUGUUUGUGUGAAGGUUUAGUUGUGGUAUUGUGGGUUGAAAUGAAACUGAAGCUCUGAUGAUUCAUAUGUAUUUUUAAACCUGAGUUUAAAACUUUGCACUUCUAGAAAACAGUUGAUGUUUUUGCUCUUUUCAGCCGUUUUUACAAAUUUCUCUAUUGUAAUAAAGUGCUCCUUUUUAAGCGGUUUAAACUAA